AUUUAGCUAAAAUCCUAUUGGGAGUUAAAACAUUUCAAAUAAAAAUAAUACAUUUCUUUCGUAAAACCCACUAUAAAUAAUGUGUGUGUUUAAAUAAUACCCAAUACUCAGAGGUAGACGAAUUUUUUUUACUGACAGUUGCUCUUCCAAAAAUCCAAGAUAUCUCAAAAACGCGUGGGAGAAUCAACCCAUAACAAUCAAAUACCACAUUGGGAUAAACAAACAUGGAACCACUAGAACCAGAUGUUAUAACCACCCAAGCCAAGGAGCUCACAGAAGCGGAGAAGCAAAAGUUGGAGGAGCAAAACAAACGUGGUUUUGUUCCCGAAUUCAAGGCCAACAAGCUGGAAAUAGAUGCCCAGAGGAACUGGGAUAUCUUCUACAAGAGGAAUGAGACUCGCUUCUUCAAGGAUCGACACUGGACGACGCGGGAGUUCCAGGAGCUGCUGGACCAGGAGCAGUCAGGCGACAAACGCACUCUCUUUGAAGUGGGAUGCGGAGUGGGCAACCUGGUGUUCCCGCUCCUAGAGGAACAAACCAGCGAGGAGGAAUGUUUCACCAAUGGUAGAUUCUACUUCUACGCCUGUGACUUCUCACCCCGAGCCGUGGACUUUGUGCGCUCCAAUCCUCUGUACGAUCCCAGCCAGAUAACCGCCUUUCAAUGCGAUAUCACGACGCAACAAGUGCAUGAGCACAUCCCAGCCAGCAGUCUGGAUGUCUGCACCCUCAUCUUUGUUCUCUCCGCCAUACAUCCACAAAAGUUCAAGGAGGUGGUGCAGAACCUGUGGAAGCUACUCAAACCAGGAGGACUGGUGCUGUUUAGGGAUUACGGCCUGUACGACAUGGCACAGUUGCGCUUCAAGCCGGGCAACAAGAUUGCCGAGAACCUCUAUGUGCGACAGGAUGGCACCCGCAGCUACUUUUUCUCAGAGGAAGAGGUGUCCCAGCUCUUCCAGGAGAAUGGCUUUGAGGUAAUCAGCAAUGCCUAUGUCCACCGACGAACGCUCAAUCUCAAGGAAGGCGUUGAUGUGCCGCGCAUUUUCCUGCAGGGAAAGUUUAGAAAGAAGAACCUAUGACCAACACAAACUAAGGACCAUUGUUACGUAUUUAGUUGUUGUAUUUAUUUUAAAUCAAUAACAUGGUUCAAGUCAACGUUCAAUAAAUAUUUGUAUGUAUAUAUUAGUUUACACAUGUAUAUAUGCUAAUAAGUGACAGAA